UCUUCUAAUUCAAUCUGCAUGAAUCCAUAAUUAAUUGCUAUUUUCAAACAAAAAUGGCAACUAACUAUGCAUUGGCUCUCUCAACCCCAAAGCCAUUCUUCACUUGUCUCAAGCAAUCACCAUUUCAGUGUGGAUUUCCUGCAAUCAAUCAGUCCCAACUUCCCACCUCUUGUGAUGCAAAACAUGCCAUUUUUUCAAAUUUCAGCAGCAGAAACCUCGUGCAAAACUUGUGCAGCAGCCGGAGGCUUCCCGAUUUCAAGCUCCGGUCAGCAGCUGCCCCGGAUAGCCGAGACGAGGCAGCCAAGGCCGACAAAUUGGUCAGGACAGUGCAGCUCGCAGCCAUGUUUGGUGUCUGGUACUUGUUGAAUAUAUAUUUCAACAUCUUUAAUAAACAGGUGUUGAAGGUUUACCACUAUCCGGCAACAUUAACGGCCUUUCAGUUCGGAUGUGGGACAGUUAUGAUACUUGUGAUGUGGGGUUUGAAUCUUUACCCCAAACCUAAAAUCACCAAGUCUCAGUUCUUGCAAAUACUUCUGCUUGCGGUUGGGCACACCAUAGGAAACCUUUUAACAAACAUCAGUUUGGGGAAAGUGGCAGUUUCAUUCACACACACCAUCAAGGCAAUGGAGCCCUUCUUCACAGUCUUGCUCUCUGCCAUUUUCUUUGGUGAGAGGCCAUCUCUAUGGGUAGUUUCUUCUCUUGUUCCCAUCGUUGGUGGUGUGGCGUUGGCAUCGUGCACUGAAGUCUCCUUCAACUGGAUAGGUUUUGGCACUGCCAUGGCUUCGAAUCUCACCAACCAGACGCGUAACGUGUUCAGCAAAAAGUUGAUGCGCAAGAACGAUGAAAGCUUGGAUAACAUCAAUCUUUUCUCCAUCAUAACAAUCAUAUCAUUCUUAUUUCUUGCACCGGCUGCCAUUUUCUUGGAAGGUGUCAAGUUCAGCCCUUCAUACUUGCAAUAUGCUGCAAGUGAAGGUUUGAAUGUGAAGGAGUUGUGUGUAAGAGCUCUUCUAUCUGGUUUGUGCUUCCAUACUUACCAGCAGGUUUCCUACAUGAUACUAGGCAUGGUGAAUCCGGUAACACAUGCUGUCGGAAACAGUGUGAAGAGAGUGGUGGUGAUUGUGUCGUCAGUCAUAUUCUUCCAAACACCUGUCUCACCCGUAAAUUCAUUAGGAACUGCUUUGGCUCUUGCCGGAGUCUUCUUGUAUUCCAGAGCAAAGAAGAUGAAGCCGAAAGCUGCUUAAACUGAAGAUGAUAUUGGUAUGAUAGAUUUGAGAUGGAUGAACAAGAGCACGAAUAAACUGCAAGAAUUGGUUGCAGGCUCAAUUUUUGCCGGAAUAACAUGCAUUCCAGCUAGGCUUCUUACUCCUUUAAGAAGAACACAAUCCAAAUAGAUAUGUAGAGGCUCUCUUAUCAUUUACUCAUGUACAUAAUGCAUACAGAACAUAAUAUCAGUAAUAAAAUACCAUCAAUAUAUCAUGUGGAACAAACAUGCAAGUUGUGCUUAAA